AUGAGCCAUAGACUCUUCAAGCUGCUCAAUUCGGGCGCGAAGUACAAGGACCUGCUGGUCCAGACUGCACAGGAUGCGCUUCCUCCCGGCUCGCACGCGGCCAUCGACCGCUGGUACGCGGCUCUGAUGCACUCCAAGCUCACGGACAGCUUCUUCACGGACGGCUGGGGCAACUUCGGCGAGCAGAACCUCAUGGACGAGGUCGACGCGAUGCGCGGCGGCGUGGACACACACGUGGCGCCCAUGGACAUCUCCUGGGAGGUCGUCGGCACCGGCACCCUCGAGAGCGACGACGUCGCGGGCCGGCCGAGCAAGACGCGGUACGAGCUUCUCCAGGGUUCGUUUCGCGCACAGUGCUCGAGUAUAGUGUUCCAGGACCUCCCGCCGGAGGUCCAGGCCGGGCGGUGCCAGCUCGUGCGGCCCGUCGGCCCGCCCGGCGGCUCGGACCCCCCCCCGCACGCGACGCCGUCGCUGGUCGUGCACCUGCCUGGUACGGGCGACCACUCGUUCGCGCGGCGGCUGGCGAUCGCGUCGCCGCUGCUGCACCACGGCGUCGCGAGCCUGUCGCUCGAGGGGCCGUACUACGGCCUGCGGCGGCCGGAGGGGCAGCAGGGGUGCCGCCUGCGCUACGUAGCGGACCUGUUCCGGCUGGGGCGCGUGACGAUCGAGGAGGCGAUGCGGCUGAUGCACUGGGCGGAGCACAACGGGUACGAGCGGGUCGGGACGAGCGGGCUGUCGAUGGGCGGCGUGCAUGCGUGCUACGCGGCGUCGAUGUACCCGCGGCGGGCGUCGUGCGCGCCGCUUCUUGCGCCGCACUCCGCGGCGCCGUCGUACUGCCUCGGGCUGCUGAGCCAGGGCACGGCGUGGGAGGUGCUGAAGAAGCAGUUCCCGAGCGCGGGCAUGCUCCGGGCGCAGAUGGGGAGGGGGGAGUCUCUGGGGGAGUUGUGGGAGGGGUCGAAGACGAUGCGGCACGCGGCGCACUCGCUCGCGCAGGCACACAUCGCGCAGGACGUGGCACGGGAGAACACGACGGGCUCCGUCGCGGCGGAGGAGGGCGGGCCCGGGGAGGCAUCCACCGACGCAGCGGGGGCGGGCGGGUCCGCGUGGGGGGCCGCGGCGGUGCCCUCGUGGCUCCCGGCGGCGGCGAGAGACUUGGACAUCAUCCAGGAGAUGCUCAGGGGCCGGGAGGGGGGAGUGGACGAGACGAUCCUGUUGUUGUGGGAGAUCAUGAACCGUUUUACCGACCUGACUCAGCUGCCGCCGCCGCUGCAGCCCGAGGCCACGAUCCUCGUGGGCGCGACGGAGGACGAGUACGUGCCGCCGUCGAGCACGCUCAAGCUCGCGAAGGCGUGGGGCAACAGGGAGGUGCGGUGGGUCAAGGGCGGGCACGUGUCCUCCUUCGUCAUCCACUUCCCGGCUUUCCGGGCCGCCAUUCUGGACAGUCUGCUGCGGCUCAAAUGA